GCCGGACGUGACGCCUGGGGGCGGGUCCGGUGCGGCGGCGCUGAGGGGCGAAGCGCUGCUAUGGCCGAGCCCGAGCCGGGCGCGGCUGCCGGCGAGAACGGCGUGGGCAGCAGAGUGAUCCGCGUGGGCACCCGCCGGAGCCAGCUGGCCCGAAUUCAGACUGACAGCGUAGUUGAGAUGCUCUGUGACCUAUACCCCGACCUGCGCUUUGAGAUUGUUGCCAUGUCAACGACUGGAGACAAGAUCCUGGAUACAGCCCUUUGCAAGAUUGGGGAGAAGAGCCUCUUCACCAAAGAGCUGGAAAAUGCACUUGAGAGAAAUGAAGUUGACCUUGUGGUUCACUCCUUGAAAGAUCUGCCAACUUCUCUUCCUCUUGGCUUUACCAUCGGUGCUGUCUGCAAAAGGGAAAACCCACUUGAUGCUGUUGUUUUUCAUCCCAAAAACUGUGGGAAAUCACUGAGCCUCCUUCCUGAAAAGAGUGUGAUUGGAACCAGCUCACUUCGGAGAGCAGCUCAGCUCAAAAUGAAGUUCCCUCAGUUAGAGUUCAGGGAUAUUAGAGGCAAUUUAAAUACCCGCUUAAAGAAGCUGGAUGAGAAGGAAGACUUCAGUGCCGUUAUCUUGGCCGCUGCAGGGCUGAAGAGAAUGGGCUGGGAGCAUCGCAUUGGCCAGCUUCUAAGCCCUGAAGAUUGUCUGUAUGCUGUUGGACAGGGUGCCUUAGCAGUAGAAGUUCGUGCCAAAGAUCAAGAGAUACUGAAUAUGGUAUCUGCCCUGCAUGACACAGACACUGUGUUGUGCUGCAUUGCUGAGAGAGCCUUUAUGAAACGUUUGGAAGGUGGAUGUAGUGUCCCCGUUGCUGUCAACACGGUGCUGAAAGAUGGCCAGCUGUAUUUAACAGGAGCAGUGUACAGUCUGGAUGGAUCUGAUAGCCUGAAGGAAACCAUGCAGACCAGUGUUAAUUAUUCCCAACAGAAUGAAGACGGACCAAAUGAUGAUGUGCAGCACGUUGGCAUCACAGCCAAGAAUGUUCCUCAUCAGGCCCAAGAAGCAGCAGAGAACCUUGGUGUUGAACUAGCUAGUUUACUUCUGAGCAAGGGAGCUAAGCACAUCCUCAGUGUGGCAAGGCAGCUCAACGAUGCCCGCUAAAGCUGUGAUGCAGUCAGCACGACUGCAACAACUCCAGGCAGUUCUUGCAGCUACACUAUCAUCCUUCUUUGGAGGAGGGGAUUUAUUUAAAUGUCCACACCAGCCUUAUCUGAUGUUUGGGCAUAAACACUUGAAAUGCUGAGUAGCUUCUGCUGCUCAGGGGUUUCAUCCAUCUGCAUUUCUCUAAAUUGCAAAUUUGUCUCUGAAGGUUUUUAAGCAUUUUUUGUAGCUAGGAACUUAAAAGUAAAAAAAUGACAAACCAAACCAAACCCUGUAAGUGUUCUAUACCAUUUGGAAACAAGGCACUUGAUAGAUUAUCAGAGGCUCAUCUGUGAUGCUGCUGAAGUGCUGUGCUGUUAACAGAGUAGUCUUUAUUUGGGCCUGUUUGCUCGUUAGAACGUUGAGGAAGACUGCGACUAGGUUUGUAAACCCAAGUUCCUUACAGCAGCAGGCACCAGAGAUGCCAUCUUGAUCAUGGGUCUCAGCUAAGGAAUGAAGUUUGCAAUUACUGGAUGCAGAUUUGUUGAGUGACCUAUAGUAAAUUAGGAAGUGUCUUAUCUGCAAGGGUAAUCUGAGAGUCGUUCGUCUACACUAACUGCUCAGUGGGAAGCCGAGGAGGCAGUCCAAAUUUGAGCUGUUGUGCCUUUCUCUUGAACCGUUAGCCCCUCCUGCUUUCACUGUGGCUCCUUGGACUCACUACUGGUCACCAUCCAUCCUCUCAGCAGGGCUCACGUGUUGCAGUGCCUUGCAGAAAAACGGCAUCUUGCUGGGGUCCCAUUUUAGAAACGAAACAUUGUUUAUUCUCUAUGCAAUGCCCACUGAAUGUGUGUAACAGGUGAUAAAUACAGUUUAAUUAUGAGCA